AUGGCUUCCAACGCUGAGGCUCCCGCACGAGAGCGUCGCCCCAGCACGUCAGCUCCCAUUACCGACUUUAGCGGACCCAUUGGGCCUGCUGGCAUUACAAGACCCAAACACAAGAGAACAGUAACGGGCUUUGGCCCCGCAGAGAUCAAGAGCGUCGAGGCUAGCAUCCCAGAACCUCAGAGAGCUGCGUGGAAGAAAUACUCUGCAUCCGAGUUCAGGACCAAGGAGGAAUUCAACACAGAAGUCGUUCGCCAUGUGGAAACAUCUCUAGCACGGUCGCUUUUCAACUGCGAUGAGGCAGCUGCAUACUCUGGCACAGCAUUGGCAUUCAGAGACCGUCUGGUCAUUGAAUGGAAUAAGACGCAGCAGAAUCAGACCUUUGCUGAUCCAAAGCGUGUCUACUAUCUCUCCCUCGAAUUCCUCAUGGGACGAGCUCUCGACAAUGCCAUGUUGAACACUGGCAUGAAGGAUGUUGCUGUUGAGGGUGUCCAAGACUUGGGUUUCCGCAUGGAGGACCUCAUCUCUCAGGAACGUGAUGCUGCACUUGGUAACGGUGGUCUCGGACGUCUCGCGGCCUGCUUCCUCGAUUCGCUCGCCACCCUCAACUACCCCGCGUGGGGUUACGCCCUCCGCUACCGAUACGGUAUCUUCAAGCAGGAAAUCAUCGAUGGAUACCAAGUCGAGAUUCCAGACUACUGGCUUGAUUUCAACCCUUGGGAGUUCCCUCGUCAUGAUGUMACGGUUGACAUUCAGUUCUACGGAAACGUGAGAAAGUACACCGAUGAUAGCGGCAAGCAAAUCAGUGUGUGGGAGAAUGGCGAGAUCGUUACUGCCGUGGCAUACGAUGCUCCCAUUCCUGGAUAUGGCACAAAGACAACCAACAACCUCCGUCUGUGGUCCAGCAAGGCCUCUCACGGCGAAUUCGACUUCACCAAGUUCAACUCCGGCGAGUACGAAGCAUCCGUUGCGGAUCAGCAGCGUGCUGAGACCAUCUCCGCCGUGCUGUACCCGAACGACAGCCUGGAGCGUGGCAAGGAGCUACGCUUGAAGCAGCAGUACUUCUGGUGCGCAGCCUCCCUCUUUGAUAUUGUCCGUCGCUUCAAGAAGUCGAAGAAGGCAUGGAAGGAGUUCCCCAACCAGGUCGCCAUUCAGCUCAACGACACUCACCCAACUCUUGCCAUUCCCGAGUUGCAGCGCAUCCUCAUCGAUGAGGAGGGCCUGGAGUGGGACGAGGCCUGGAGCAUUGUUCAAAAGACGUUCGGCUACACCAACCACACCGUUCUCCCCGAGGCUCUUGAGAAGUGGUCUGUUCCUCUCAUUCAGCACCUCCUCCCACGUCACCUCCAGAUCAUCUACGACAUCAACRUGAACUUCUUGCAAUACGUCGAGCGCAACUUCCCCAAGGAGCGCGAGAUGCUUGGCCGUGUAUCUAUCAUUGAGGAAUCGCAACCAAAGRUGRUCCGCAUGGCUUACCUGGCUGUUAUUGGCAGUCACAAGGUCAAUGGUGUCGCUGAGCUGCACUCUGACUUGAUUAAGACCACCAUCUUCAAGGACUUUGUCAAGAUUUACGGUCCAGACAAGUUCACAAACGUCACCAACGGUAUCACACCGAGAAGAUGGUUGCACCAGGCGAACCCGCGUCUGUCUGAGCUGAUCGCCAGCAAGCUGGGAGGCUACGAGUUCCUGAGCGAUCUCACCCUUCUCCACAAGCUCGAGGCCUACGUCGAUGACAAGCAGUUCCGCAAGGAGUUUCAAGAGAUCAAGUAUGCCAACAAGCUCCGUCUCGCCAAGUACAUCAAGGAAGCGAACGGAAUCUCUGUCAACCCGGCCAGCUUGUUCGACAUCCAAGUCAAGCGUAUACACGAGUACAAGCGUCAACAGCUCAACAUCUUUGGUGUCAUUCAUCGAUACCUGGAGAUUAAGGCCAUGUCGCCUGAGGAGCGAAAGAAGGUUCAGCCCAAGGUCAGCAUCUUCGGUGGCAAGGCUGCUCCUGGGUACUGGAUGGCAAAGACUGUCAUUCACUUGGUCAACAGCGUCAGCAAGGUUGUCAACGCCGACAAGGAUAUUGGCGACCUUCUCAAGGUGGUCUUCCUCGAGGACUACAACGUGAGCAAGGCAGAAAUCAUCACACCUGCCAGUGAUAUUUCCGAGCACAUCUCGACUGCGGGUACAGAGGCGUCUGGUACAUCCAACAUGAAGUUUGUCCUCAACGGAGGUCUCAUUAUUGGAACCUGCGAUGGAGCCAACAUCGAAAUCACAAGAGAAGUCGGUGAGGACAACAUCUUCCUUUUCGGCAAUCUCUCAGAGGACGUCGAGGACCUUCGCCACGCCCACUUCUAUUCCGAGUUCAACAUUGACCCCAUGCUUGAGCGCGUCUUCAAGACCAUCAAGGAAGGUGCCUUUGGCGAUGCAGGCCAAUUCUCGGCUCUGGUCAACUCCAUUGUCGACCAUGGAGACUACUACCUCGUCUCGGACGACUUCAAGUCAUACAUUGACACCCAGGCUUUGAUUGAUGAGGCAUACAAGAAUCAAGAGGAGUGGCUCACCAAGWCCAUUACGAGUGUGAGCAGGAUGGGCUUCUUCAGCAGUGAUCGUUGCAUCGAUGAGUAUGCUACCGAAAUCUGGAACGUGGAGCCUGUUGUCCCCAAAUAG